CGGACAGAUAGAACCGGACAGAGUACUGGGAUAUAUGCAGGUUCCCUGUCUGGAGCUAUAUGGACUGAUUGUGUUGGGAAUUAUUGACAAACUGUGAUUGCAAGAGUUGAGAAGUUCAAGUUUUGAUAACAGGUUGUCACAUCUUGUCAGAAUGAAGUCCCUGGCCUUUGGCCUCUUCUGCCUGUUGUGCUGUAACGCAGUUCGACUGGACAGACGGCGUCCCAGACCAAUCGCAGCCAGAGGUCAAAAUGUGACUACUGUCCAAACCAAACCAGCGGAGAACCCCUGCAAAGCAACCCCACUGGAUUUCGUCUUUGUCAUCGACAGCUCUAGAAGCAUCCGCCCCAACGACUAUGAGAGGGUCAAGACCUUCAUCAUCAACCUGCUUCAGUUCCUCCAGGUCGGCUCCGAUGCCACUCGGGUAGGUCUGCUACAGUAUGGCAGCGUGGUCCAGCCCGAGUUCUCCCUCAAAACCUACACCACCAAGACUGAGGUGGAGCAGGCGGUAAGGAACAUGGAGCACCUCGCCACAGGAACAAUGACCGGUCUGGCCAUCCAGUACACCAUGGACACAGCCUUCACUGAGGAAGAGGGAGCUCGACCAGCGAACCUGCUCAUCCCACGGAUUGCUAUGGUUGUGACUGAUGGCCGGCCUCAGGACACGGUGAAGGAGAUCGCGGCUCAGGCCAGGCAGGCCGGCAUCCAGAUCUUUGCUAUCGGAGUGGGCAGGGUGGAUAUGAGCACUCUGAAGGCCAUAGGGAGUGAGCCACACUCUGAGCAUGUGCACCUGGUGGCCAACUUUAGCCAGAUAGAAACCCUCAUCUCUGUGUUCCAGUCCAAACUGUGUGGAGUUUCAGAGAUGUGUGAGGUGGUGGACCAUCAGUGCCAGCACAUCUGUGUGAGCAGCCCUGCCUCAUACAGGUGCAAGUGCAGGAAGGGCUUCACCCUCAACCCCGAUGGCAAGACAUGCAAAGAGAUUGAUCACUGUGCUGAUGGCACCCACGGGUGUGAACAGGAGUUUAUGAACACAGAAGGCUCCUGUGUGUGUAAAUGCAGACAAGGCUACAAACUCAGGCCUGAUGGGAAAACAUGCAAGAAGAUGGACUUUUGUGCUGAUGGGAAACACGGCUGUGAGCAGGAGUUUAUCAAUUCAGAGGAUUCAUGUGUGUGUAAAUGCAGAAAUGGAUUCACACUCCGACCUGAUGGAAAAACAUGUCAAAGUGUGGAUCUGUGUCAGACAGUGGAGCACGGCUGUGAACACCAGUGUGUCAGCAUCACUGACUCCUACAUCUGCAGAUGUUUUCAAGGAUUUGUGUUGGCUGAAGAUGGGAAGAGCUGCACAAAGCCAGAGUGUGGCGAUGGAGUCAUGGAUCUGGUUUUCGUCAUUGAUGGCUCUAAGAGUCUGGGACCGGCCAACUUUGAACUGGUCAAGCAGUUUGUAAACGCCAUCGUGGACUCGUUGGACAUUUCCAGGACGGGCACACAUGUUGGCCUUCUUCAGUACUCCACCAAGGUGCGCACAGAGUUCACCCUGGGCCAGUACAGCACAGCGCAGGACAUCAGACGGGCUGUGUCCCGGAUGCAGUACAUGGGCAGAGGCUCCAUGACUGGCUCAGCCUUACGCCACAUGUCUGAGUCGAGCUUUUCAGCUAAAGAAGGAGCCAGGCCCAACAUGCCACGUGUCAGCAUUGUGUUCACUGAUGGAAGAUCACAGGAUGAUGUGUCUGAAUGGGCUGAUAAAGCAAAGAACUCUGGGGUCACGGUAUAUGCCUUGGGUAUUGGCAAAGCCAUUGAACAGGAGCUGAGAGAAAUAGCUUCGGAGCCUGAUGAGAAGCAUCUUUAUUACGCUGAAGAUUUUGAGAAAAUGGGAGAAAUUACAAAGAAGCUCAAGUCCAGGAUAUGUAAAGACAAAUCCAUCUGAUGAAAACAUGUGCCAGUGCCAGAACGUGAUAACGUUUCAGAAGCAGCUCACCGAGAAGCUGAAGAACCUGGUGCAGAAUAUUGAAGCGAUGUCAAAGAAGCUGGAGACACUCGAGGAUCAAAUUGUGCACAAGUGAAAGGCACUCCCCCCCACCCAACCAGCAGUGUAGCAUUCACAAAAACACAAUGUUUUUGUUGUUGUUGUCUAUAUAUCUUUAUUAUGUAAUGCCAAAUCAGAUGAAUAACUUUGUACAGUAAACUGACAAAUAAACAUUUUAC